GAACGAGUACCAGGCAAUGUCAAAAUGCUCUGUACUGUGCGAGUACCCGGUGGUCUGUACCACUCUACCUUGUCCGCAUACACAAUAACACAUCAACGACUAUUCUUCACCUCAUCCCAUUCUUCCUAAUCCCUACUACGUCUAACUCGUGUGCUUGAAAAAAUGGAUGUGUCUGUGCGCUAUUUUCACAAGCAAAAUACUCAUACGGCAAAGCCUCCGUUUGCUACCAUGGUGUUGACCCGGGCAUUGCUCGCCUCGCUCAUUCCGAGGCUCAACACUUGGCGAUUUUUUCUCCCGUAGGGCUCGGAGCCGUUCCUGGACCCACCUUCAAAAAGUUCUGGGGGAGAUGCUACAGCGACUACUCGUACACUGUGCACCGCCGAUAGAUUCUCUCUUCCCUAUAUUCGUUCGUCAUGGCUCAAAAUGGUGUGAACGGCGUGCACGAGGCCACUGUCAAGCUGUGGCAACAUCCUCACCCCGAACAGACCCAGUUGUAUGCUUUCCAGCAGCUUGUCGCAAAGAAACAUGGCGUCCACACCUCCUCAUACAAAGAACUUUGGCAGUGGAGUGUUGACCACCCUGCGCUGUUCUGGGAAGAAGUCUGGCAUUAUACUGGGAUCAAAGCACAUAAACACUACGACUCGGUAGGUAGAGUGGGAUCUGAACAUGGUCGAGAGCUUUUGAAGACUGACUCUCGUUAUAAGGUCCUAGACGAGUCUCUACCCAUGUUUCCUAAGCCGACCUUUUUCUCUGGAUGCGAGUUGAAUUUCGCUGAGAACCUCUUAUUUCCCGCCUCGAACCCUGCGCCUCACACCCUUGCUAUCAUCGGUGCCACAGAGCAGACUCGCGAACAAUUGACGUGGUCGGAGCUACGAGAAAGAGUGAGACUAUGUGCUGCGGCCAUGGAGGCACAUGGUGUCAAGACAGGGGAAAGAGUCGCAGGCUACCUAGGAAACCACGCAAAUGCUGUAAUCGCCAUGCUUGCAGCGACGUCUCUAGGAGCCAUAUGGUCAGGAGUGAGCCCUGACACAGGUGUUCAUGCAGUCCUCGACAGACUUCAGCAGAUUGAGCCGGUUCUUCUUUUGGCAGACAAUGCGGUGACAUAUAAUGGCAAAACGCAUGAGACGCACAGUAAGAUAUCUCACGUCCUCGCGGAUCUGCCUUCCAUCCGGAAUGUUGCCAUAUUCGAGACAAUACCUGGGCAUCACUUCGACCUUCUCUCCCUACAACGCCAUGACAGCACGACAGUAGAGACGUACACCUCUUUUCUCUCCAAAGGUGAUUCCUCUCGGCCUUUACAAUUCACAUAUCUCCACCCGGAACACCCUGUGUAUAUUCUCUAUUCUUCUGGCACAACUGGUGUACCUAAACCAAUUGUGCAUGCUGCUCUUGGGACACUACUGCAACAUAAAAAGGAACAUCUAAUACAGUCUGACAUCCUGCCUGGCCAAAGAAUGCUCUAUUUCACGACAGUGACAUGGAUGAUGUGGCAUUGGCUUGUAUCUGGUCUUGCCAGCGGAGUUACUAUUGUGCUUUAUGAUGGUAGCCCUUUCCAACCCCACAAGGAAAUGAGCAUGCCACUACUUAUUGACGAGCUAAAGAUCAACCACUUCGGAACUUCUGCUAAAUACCUUUCGGUUCUUGAGCAAGCCAACAUUUUGCCGCGAGAAGCAACCCCGAAAAGUGCAAGCCUCGAGUCACUUAGGUCUAUCUUUUCGACCGGCUCUCCUCUUGCACCAAGCACCUUUCAGUACGUAUAUAAAAACCUCUCACCACCUUCGCCUCAUUCAGGAAUUCUAUUGGGAUCGAUCACCGGCGGCACGGAUAUCAUUUCCCUCUUUGGAGCACCUUGCUCGAUAUUACCCGUCUACAUAGGCGAGAUUCAAAGUGCAGGUUUGGGAAUGGCGAUAAAAGCAUUUUCACCAGACGGGAAAGACAUCACGUCCACAGGUGAGGCCGGUGAACUUGUCUGUACCGUGCCAUUCCCCUGCCAACCAUGCAUGUUUUGGCCCCCUGGUCCAAAGGGUGAAGCUCGAUAUAAAUCUUCAUACUUCGAGGUCUUCAAAGACGAAAAGACAGGACAUCCUAUCUGGACCCACGGAGAUUUCGUUCGCUUCAACCCCAAGACUGGUGGUAUCUGGAUGCUAGGGCGGUCCGAUGGUGUUCUGAACCCGAUGGGUGUCCGAUUCGGAUCCAGCGAGAUAUACAAUAUUUUGUUGAAACAUUUUGCGAUGGAGGUUGAAGACGCAUUAUGCAUAGGCCGGAAGCGUGAGGAGGAUGUGGAUGAGGUUGUGGUCCUGUUCCUGAAGAUGUCCGAUGGUCAUUCAUUUUCCAACGACCUUUGUCACAGAAUACAAACUGUGGUCAGGAAAGAGCUCAGCGCAAGGCAUGUACCGAAAAUCAUCGAUCAAUGUCCUGAGAUACCGGUCACGACCAACGGCAAGAAAGUGGAGGGUGCUGUAAAGCAAAUACUCAGCGGCUUGAAUAUUAAGACAAGCGCAAGUGUCGCCAACAGCAGUUGUCUGGAUUGGUACAGGGAGUGGGCAAAAUCACAUUAAGUUGGAAAUAUGUGACUUUGAAAAGGCACUCCAACAUCCGAUAGAGUAUGAGGAUAUAGACGAUUCCACGACACGCCAUUGCCAUUGAGCACAGCAAGACAUGUGCGGUCGGCUCCCAGACGGAUUCAUUGACAGCAGCUUCUGGCGACAUAGUCCCGCAUGUACGUGAAGAAGUCCAUGCAAGCGAGAUCUGAGAAGAUUGUCAGGUGCGGACUAAACGUUUACACAUACAUUUGUUAUCGUCAAGAAUUUUGUGUCUCGCUGCUCGAAUACGUUGCUUGACACACGUCAGUUGACGAUUCGUUUUCUUGGGUGUGAAGAGCCAGAAACAUUGUUGAUCGCCGGUGGAAGGUUGUAUGUACGUGAAGUGGUCUUGUCAUAAGUCGACUUACUCGAAUCAAUCCUCCUCGUACGGAGAUUCCAAUCAGCACACUUUUGGUAUCAGACAGCCUCGAUAAACCCCCUACAGCCAGGUCUAGAUGCAGAAGAAAUGAAGGCCAAGACAAGGCCACACUAAUUUGUACUCUACAUUAUCUAGAAGACGCACCACCACGCAGUGAGCUGGUCUGCACUUUUACCCGUACUGUACAGUGACAGAAUAUUUAUAGCCAGGGGUAAUUUAUCUCAGGUACCCAGUACCAGUAAACCAUGCUUUUUGUGGCUUAGUUUCCCACGGCAUCUACGGAGUACUAAGUACCUUAAUUAGGUCAGGUAC